AUGGAUGCAAAAAAUGAAACUAUUGCCACCCUUCUUCAUGUUGCUAUGUAUCUAAAUCGAUCGAUACCAAUUCCAUUAUUAAUUUUCGGAACAAUUGGGAAUAUCUUAAAUGUAUUUAUAUUGACACGUCAAUCCCUUCGAACGAAUUCGUGUGCGUUCUAUUUUCUUUCUUCAACACUUGCAAACAUCCUUUGUUUAUGGAUUGGCCUUUUAACAAGAUUACUUUCUGGUUAUAAUCUUGAUCCAACCGCAUGGAGCACCGUGGUGUGUCAAAUCCGUUUCUAUAUCACAUACAUGUCACUGUCUUUGAGUGCUUGUUUUCUUGUCUACGCUAGUGUCGAUCGAUGGGCAUCAUCAAGUACAAAUCCAAACAUACGCUCUUUCAGUCGUAUUCACAAUGCUCGACGUAUGGUGAUGUAUACAACGUUAUUUGCUUGUGUAUUUUAUGGACAAACAUUCUAUUGUUAUGUAGCUGUACCGAAUCAAUUUCCAUUGAAUUGUUAUUGUCCAAAUCAAGUCUGUCGAACAUACAAUGAUGUUUUAUUUCUUAUUCUAUUCUCUUUAAUUCCUCCAAUGUUCAUGUUGAGCUUUGGUUAUGUGACAAUAAGAAAUGUUCAAAAAAUUCGGCAACAAGUCCGUCCAUUACCCGCGAAUCUUCAGGCCUCUCGUCAACAACAUCGUUUAUUGAAGAAAAAAGAUCAUCAGAUGAUUAUGAUGCUUUUAGUUCAAGUAUUUUUCUUCGUUAUUCUUGUAACACCAUCGGGAAUAUCAAAGGCAUAUUCAACACUAACAUUCAAUCAAUUGAAAGAUUCGUUGGAAUUAACCAAAGAAAACUUCUUCUUUCAAGUUUCUGUUCUCAUUCUUUACAUCAAUUGUUGUUCUGCUUUCUAUCUCUACACUCUCACUGGAAAAAUCUUUCGACAAGAAGUUAAACGAUUACUAUUGAACAUUCAACGACCAAAUUUGGCAAUAAUUAGUGAAGUUAGAAUCAUUCCGCCAGAUCCGAUUUCAGCUGCUUAUCAUAGUCAAACCAAUCAAAUCACGAUGAAAUAUAACCAACAAACAUGA